GGAAAUGCAGACAAAAUGAAGGUGAAACUCAAAUGCAAAUGAAAUUUGAGAUGAACCCCUGUAAGAAAAAGGCUAUAUAUACACAUAGACCACUAUGAACACAGCUUAUGCCAAACCCAAGCCAGUUCCAAGGGGUAAAGGUAAGGGUAAGGGUAAGGGCAAUGGACUUGGAAUUAACAUAAUAUUGCCUUGGCUUGGCUUCGUUUCCCUUACUAGCUACCACCGUCUAAACCCAAUUCCGCCGUCGCUAUAUGGCCAAAGGUCGUAAAUUCAGCACAAACCGUAGCGAACGCUUCUUGGGAACAACCUAUACCCAAGGCUCCACUGCCAACGACCCAUCGGAGCUCAGGGAAGAGGAUGUCUGGUCCAUGGCGGAAGACCAUGGCCGCGAUGUCAUUGUCUCACACGGCGAUUGGGAGCCACGGCGUCGGAACAGGGACCAGGACCACCGCCACGUGGGUGGUUUGUCCCAGGCGUUCGAACAACCGUCGUCGAGGAUCGUGCACCACCAGUACCGUGCGCACGACGCCGUUGCAUCGCCACGUGGACAUCUCAUGGCCACGUCAGCGCCGGUGAACGUGCCGGACUGGAGCAAGAUACUCCGGGUCGACUCGGUGGAAUCGCUGCAUGACACGGACGACGGUUUCGACGACAACGAGUCGGAGAUGGUUCCGCCGCAUGAGUACUUGGCGCGUAGCCGGAAGAUGGCGGCAAACUCGGUUUUCGAGGGGGUGGGUCGUACGUUAAAGGGCCGCGACUUGAGGCGGGUUCGCGACGCCGUCUGGAGUCAGACCGGGUUCAAUGGCUGAGGUGGUCCGGUUCAUAAUUGAAUUGAUUGUUAUUAAUUAUUACUGCUGUCAAUCAGAUUUAAGGGUGGUGGUUAAUUUACAAAUUUUGGAUUAAAAAACAAACAAACAAACAAAUAGAUUUAGUUAUAGUCUUUAGUUGUUCUCAUUUUCGUUGUGGGUUGGUAAAAUUGAAUGGGUGGGUUUUUCUGGUCAAUGAUUGGAUUGGGUCAGGGUGGACUCUUCUUAAGAGAGUCAAACUCUGUGGCCAGUGAGCCUUAGCAUAAAUUGGAAAUUAAAAUUAAAGCAGGAUCAUAUGAGACUCAGACCGCUCUAAUCCAGUUUUUGGGUAAAUCUGUAUUCCAGUUACCGUCCGUAUAUAUGAUAAAAUCUGAACAGGAAAUAACUAUCCCGUGCUUGGAUAAAUUUGUAUCCCAGUUCUGUUGUUCGCAGUAAACCCCACGACAAACAGAAAGUAAGGCAUCGUCGAUUUAAUUGGUGGUUUGGUUUUAUGAAUUGUUAAGUAGUAUUUGAAGGUUUGAUGAGAACCGGACAAGCAUGAAGCAUGUAACAUGAAAUACUGUCAACUUAAGAAAGUGUUCCGAGGGAACUUUCGUUGGUUGGUUAUUAUGCAAAUAAUGGGAAUCACAUAUAUUCUUAAAUUACCACCUUUUUGAAACCGGGACCUAAUUUAUCUCUUUUAUUAUUAGUAUUAUUUUUAUAUACGAAGGGCCGAAAUCCCAUGACCGGUCUAUUAGGACCAUUGUUUUUUGUGGGAUAAUAACAUUUCAAAUUUUAUCUUAAAGUUGUACCAUAAAGGAGGAGGAAAAAAGGCUGGUUAAAGACCCCAAACUACACUUCAAAAGUACGAAACCAACUAAUUUUUGACUUGUUACCGUGCAAAAUGUUAGCGGCUCCUUUGUCUUAUGAAAAUACUAUUUUAAAUUUCACAUUCAUUGAGGUAAGAGUUUCAUACAGUUUUAGAGGAACGAGAGAAGUAUCUUUUAUGGGAAAAGUGUGUAUAAUUUUGAAGGAUGUAAAGUUGUGUCAUUUUAAGAGAGAGAAAGAGAUAGAUAAAGGAGGAGAGAGAGUUGACAAGAAAAAUAAAGUUGUGGGUCCCACCUCUUUGUGAGAGUGAAAGGAUGUAAGUUGUGUAAUUUAAAUGUAUAGACACUUUUCCCAUCUUUUAUU